CAAAAUCGACGAAAAGUAUAUAUCAGUGACUUCACUUCGGGUUCUAUGUUCAGUGAGUGUAGAUGUUUUGUGUUCUUUGUUUUGAAUUAAAGGGGGGUUAUGUGUUAUGUUUCAUUGAGAAACGUAAAUAUCAAAAAUAUUUCAAAUUUUGCAUUUCAGACGGGUUAUUUCCUAAUUUCUAUGGCUGAUUUAAAAAUUGCUUUGGAAUUUGGGGGAGGGGCAGAAGUUCUUGUAGGGAAUCAAAAGGUUCAUGAAGUCGCUUUUCCUUCAAAAAAUAAAGUUUGGACAAUAGGUGACCUUCUAUAUUGGAUCAAAGAUAACAUACUCAAGGAGAGACCUGAAUUAUUUCUACAAGAUGGAUCUGUGAGACCUGGAAUACUAGUUUUAGUAAAUGAUGCUGAUUGGGAGCUGAUGGAUACAGUGAACUAUGAACUCAAAUCGAAUGAUAGGAUAGUUUUCAUAUCUACAUUACAUGGUGGUUGAAAGCCUAAUACCUUAUGAUUUUAUAUAAAUUAAAAAAUAAAAACAAUAAACUAACAUUUUCAAGCCAAUAACAAA